AUGCUUUUUCCCAUGUACACAGUCGCUGCGGAGAGAUUGCUGGAGAUGAAGAGCCUUGAGACACAUGAGAAGCUGAAGGCCCGGGGCGACGUUGUUGUCUUCGACGAUGGUAUGGGGAACGCUGGCUUCGUGUCACACCAGUGGAUUGCCAAGCAUCAUCCUGAUCCUGAUUUUAAGCAGAUGCGGGUGUUGCAGGAUGCCUUGAAGCACCUCCUGACCAGUCGUGGCACGGUUUGGUUGGAUUUCGUCACAGAAACCUUCGUACCUUCUGCCAAGGUCAUCUCCUGUCAGGACUUCCAAACCAAGCCACUCUUUAUAUGGUACGACUACUUCUCUGUUCCACAGCUGGAGAGACGUGAAGGUUUUGCCACAGACGAUGAGGAUGGAAGCAAUCAGGGGAAGGCCAUUAACAGCAUUCCCGCAUACGUUGGGAAGUGCCGCUACUUUUUUGCCCUCUGCCCGACAAUAGACUGUCCCUUACAGGGUGGGGUUUUGAACGCCCUGACGUGGGGUAGGCGGGGGUGGUGUAGGGUCGAACGAGCAUCACGGGAGCUUUCCGAGCACAACACAUGGAUCCUUAUUCAAGGCUCUGACUCGCUGCAACUGGUGGGCACCGUUCAGUCCUUUGUGACCGGGUCCGUUGGCGAGGGCGAGUUCACCGUGGAGAGCGACAGAUCAAAACUCGCACCAGUCAUGGAGACCGUUGUGAAACGGAAGCUCAAGCUAUCUCUGCAAGCCAGAGAUUUUCCGAGCUACCGCCGCCACCUCAACCUCCAGACUGUGCACCUCCGAGGCCUGGACGUGGAGCCUUUGGAGGACCUUGUUCCGAACGAGCCCGAUGGGCCCAACACUGCUGGCGCUGACGUGGUGGCACACUUCUUGCACCAGAAUGGCUUCAGAGGAGCUGUCCAGAAGGAUGUGGCAGGCUGGUGGCCGCUGCACUAUGCGGCGCUAUCAGGAAAGGUAAAGCUGAUCGAGGGCUUGCUUCAGCAGCGUGCCAAUCCCAAUUCCCGCACUAGCAAGGACGAACCUACGCUGGGCUUUCCGCCCUUGGUUUCGGCACUCGACCUGGCAAUCUUCUACAAGCACAACGAUGCUGCAAAGCUGCUGAUCGCGGCCCAGGCGCAGCUUGAAGGAGGAAUUUCUCCCGCUAUGCUCUUCGCAAGCCAGGCUAACAGUGCCGAAGGAAUCCGCCUGCUCUGCGACAAUGGCAGCGAAGCCAUUCUGAGAAAUGCUGUUGGCCUUACUUCUUUGGAAGCUGCGGCGAGCUAUGGGGCCCGCGCAGCCAUGGAAGAGCUGGUCAGAAAUGCACAGCCCGGUCUCCUUGAACUGUCUGGAGCGCUUGAAGCAGCCAUGCAGCAUCGUGGUGGCUCCGCGGAGAUGGUUGAGUUUCUGGUCGGCAUGAAGGCCGACGUAGAUUUUCAAUACACUCUCCGCUAUGACUAUGUUCAGUUUGGUCGGCUGCGCUUCCUGGCCAAGGCGCUGCAGCACAGAUUCGGCCGAGCCAGCAUGUUGUCGGAACAGGCUUAUCACAUUCACGGCCUCACACCACUGAUGGCAGCUCUUCGGUCAGGACAGUACGAGGGGGCUGCUGCCCUGAUUGCGGCUGGAGCCCGACUGGAUCUGAAGAACAGCCGAGGAUUCACAGCGGCCGACUUUGCUAGAGGCCAGUCGAUCCCAGAGUUUCUGCAGCGAGGUCUUGAGGGGAAUCCAUCAGAGUGUCAUAGGGUCUCGUCCUUAGCGCAUCCUGACGGAUACGUUGAGGUCCCCUUCUAA